UGUUGUUUCAUCGUACAUGUAUGUAUUCACCCACCCACCCACAUAUGCAUAUGCGAAGUCAGCAUUCAAAAUUUGGCAGUAUUUUUCAUCUGGGCUGCAUCAUAAACAAACAAAUUUCUCCCUAUUCAACUGGAAAAUAAUUGUCGGAGGCUAAUUGAAGUUGGUAACUGGUAAAACUGUCCCACAAGCCUGAGGAUGAAGUAGAAGAUUGGUUGGUGAAAGUCAAAGAUUUGACUUUUGGCAUACAUAAGGUGGAGAGGAUUUUCAGGGAUGAUGUUCACCUUCCAAAAAUGGAGCUCAUGGUCCCUGAUAGGAGUUAUUGCUACAGUAGUGGCCUUAGUGACAGUGGUUCAUUUUUUUCUUUCUCCAGAGAGUCCUCUAGACAAUUUUGGGGCUAGCCAGGUUGACAUGAUUGAGAACUCAUCUAUUCAAGUAAUUGGAUCUAGACAAGAAGGCAAAACUGUUGUCCCUAAUAAUAUAUCAGAUGGUGGUAAUAUGCCGGUGAAUGGCUCAACUGAUGGUAGCAAGCAAUUAAGUGGGCCUGUUGAACGAGGCAAAGACGAUGAGAAUCAAAAGCAACAGUCAAUGGUUGAUUUAAACAUCCAAUAUCCUGCUGAUUCACGAAACGCUGUUGUCUAUCGUGGUGCUCCGUGGAAAGCAGAAAUAGGGAGGUGGUUAUCUGGUUGCGACUCAAAGACUGCUGCUGUCAAAAUUGUCCAGGAAAUUGGUGGCAAGAGCUGCAAAAAUGAUUGCAGCGGGCAAGGCAUCUGCAAUAGGCAAUUGGGUCAGUGUAGCUGCUUCCAUGGGUUUGGUGGGGAAGGAUGCUCUGAAAGACUGCAACUAAAUUGUAAUUACUCUGGAUCAAAAGAGGACCCAUAUGGGCGAUGGGUUGUGUCGAUUUGCUCAGCUCAUUGUGACACAACAAGAGCAAUGUGCUUUUGUGGAGAAGGCACAAAAUACCCAAAUCGUCCUGUUGCAGAGGGAUGUGGGUUUGUGAUUAACCCGCCUUCUGAACCUGGAGGUCCGUCUCUUGCUGAUUGGACAAAAGCUGAUGUUGACAUUUUCACAACUAAUGGAAGUAGACGAGGAUGGUGUAACGUGGAUCCAAAGGAAGCUUAUGAUGGUAAAGUGCAUUUCAAAGAAGAAUGUGAUUGCAAGUAUGAUGGCCUCUGGGGUCGAUUCUGUGAGGUGUCUGUACAAAGUGUUUGUAUUAACCAAUGUGCUGGUCAUGGGUACUGCCGUGGUGGAUUUUGUCAGUGUGACAAAGGCUGGUACGGGACAGAUUGCAGUAUUCCUUCUGUUUUAUCCUCUGUUGCAGAAUGGCCCAAGUGGCUUCGACCAGCUCAGAUCAAAAUUCCAGAUAGUGACAAACAAACUGGAAAAAUAGACAAUCUAACUGCUGUAGUGGCAAAGAAAAGGCCUCUCAUAUAUGUUUACGAUUUGCCGCCAGAAUUUAACAGUCUUCUAUUGGAGGGUCGGCAUUUCAAGCUCGAGUGUAUAAAUAGAAUCUAUGAUCAUAGGAAUGCGACAAUAUGGACCGAUCAUCUUUAUGGUGCACAGAUGGCACUCUAUGAGAGUUUGUUGGCCAGUCCUCACCGAACAUUGAAUGGUGAAGAAGCGGAUUACUUUUUUGUUCCAGUUCUUGAUUCUUGUAUAAUAACUCGUGCCGAUGAUGCUCCCCAUAUAAGUAUGCAG